AUGGUAAAUGAUAGGUGUACCCUCGGGAGCGCGGUGCACUCCGUUACCAUCGCUCUCAGGCACUUCGCGCUGGGUGUAGACCCCACCGCAGCCUAUUGGGAUUUUGACCUGCUAGAUGGGCACGGUGGCUGGCGGGCAGAGGGGUGCCACAUAACAGACUCCCUGGGCAGCACGACCACCAUCCAUUGCACUCAUCACAAUAACUUUGCGGUGCUAAUGGAUCUGAAGAAGGUGCUUUCUUUCCCCCCGUACCCUGGGGAGUUUCUGCACCCGGUCGUGUAUGCCUGCACGGCCGUUAUGUUGCUCUGCCUCUUCGCCUCCAUCAUCACCUAUAUCGUGCACCACAGCACAAUCCGCAUCAGUCGGAAGGGAUGGCACAUGCUCCUCAACUUCUGUUUCCACACGGCUCUGACCUUCACUGUGUUUGCCGGAGGCAUCAAUCGAAUCAAAUACCCCAUCAUCUGCCAAGCAGUUGGCAUGGUGCUACACUACUCGUCCCUCUCCACCACGCUGUGGCUGGGGGUGAUAGCCCGGAACAUUUACAAACAGGUGACCAAAAAGCCCCUGCAGCCCCAGGACGGUGACCCGCCUGCCAACACCAAACAGCCCAUGCUAAAGUUUUAUUUAGUCAGUGGCGGAGUGCCCUUCAUCAUCUGUGGAAUCACAGCAGCCAUCAAUAUUGACAACUAUGGCAGUGGGGAGGCGGCACCCUACUGCUGGAUGGCGUGGGAGCCCAGCCUUGGAGCCUUCUACGGCCCCGUGGCGUUCAUCGUCCUGGUCACCUGCGUCUACUUCCUGUGUACCUUCAUUCAGCUGAGGCGCCACCCCGAUAGGAAGUACGAGCUGAAAGCCCUGACUGAGGAGCAGCAGAGGCUGGCAUCCAUCACCGACGUGGGUAGGCAUUGCCAUCAAGGGGAAGGGGAGCCCGGAGCCCUGCCACUACUGCCCAAUGGAGGGCAGUGCCACGCGGGCUGCCACUCGUCCACUGCCAUCAACCCCUCUAUGCUGGCCAACGAGCAUUCGUUCAAGGCCCAGCUGAGGACGGCGGCCUUCACCCUCUUCUUGUGCGUGGCCACGUGGGCCUUCGGGGCGCUGGCUGUUUCACAGGGCCACUUCCUGGACAUGAUCUUCAGCUGCCUGUAUGGUGCCUUCUCCGUCACGCUGGGCCUCUUCGUGCUCAUCCACCACUGUGCCAAGCGGGACGAUGUGUGGCACUGCUGGUGCGCCUGCUGCCCCGGGAGACGCGCCAACCACGGUUGCCACGGCCAUGGUCACGGCCACACUCGCCCAAAGGUUAAUGUCAAUGGGGAUGCCUUAGGGCACGGGCAUGGGCACUGCCACCUGGAUUCGCCGUACCCAGGUAAGGCCCUGUUAGGAGGACACACCCACAGUGGCACAUUGGGUCACUGUAAGCAUGGCAGCCUGGCGUCGUCGCAGAACCAUGUGACGUGCCUGCCCGCCGUGGUGCCGUGCUGCGCCGCCCUGCACAGCCAGCAGCUGAUGGAGGAGGAGCCUCCCGCACACGUGCUGCUACACGCUGACCCAGAGGGCUACCUGCCAGACAUCCACCUGCAUCGAUGCCUGAAGGGCAGCACUAGGACUAAGCCUCGCCACUUCAGCCGUCACCGGCAGGCUGGCACAGGAGGGGGAGGAGGGGUGGGAGAGAGGGAGUACGCCUAUCACAUCCCUACUAGUGUAGACGGAGGCUCUAUCCACAGCUCCCACACAGACAGCCCUCACAGUACGCACGAGCGUCACGGACACAUCUGCCACCUAGCUGCUGCCCCCAAUGAAGUAGGCCACCACACUUGCCAAGCGGCAACGGCUCACGAGGCGGCGCUGGCAUGCCACGCCCCCUGCCACCGGCACAUGCCUUGCUGUGCCAAGGCGGACCUGUUCCCCACUCUGCGCCAGGUGGAGGCAGGCGACACAGGCACCUUUCUGUGCGGCUGUGGCAAAAUAGCCAAUGAGGAGGACGUGAUCAUGCCUCAUCACCACCUGGAGAUGCACCCGCGCAGGCAAUCCUACCCCCAGAACCCGCCGCCCAAUCAGAAUGGCAUCCUUAAAGGUGGCCUGCACGAGGGUUUCCUGUACGCAUCAGACAGCACAGGGAAUAUACGCACUGGACCCUGGAAAAAUGAAACUACUGUGUAGUCUAAAGAUGGGGGGAAGAUAUCGGCAUCCAUUCCCGCCCCAGCCUCCGUCCCUCCAAUCCUCAACUCACUCCUCCUUUCCUUUCUAGGAACUACGACAACAAAAAUGAUUUCACAACUCUAACAUCGCGACUUUUACUUUAUAUUCUUUGUUUGUUUUCAUGUGUUCCAUUUCACUCGACAGAUUAUCUGACAUUGUCGUUUAAGCUCCCCAAUGACCAGCCAUACAGUACACAGAACACAUUUUUCUCCUUCAUAGAGGAAUGUGAGUCCCACGCUGCGAGAUACAGUACCUUUUGUCUAAGGUAUUUUUAGUAUGUUAUUAUUAUUACAGAUCUAUCGAAGAUGGAGAUUACGGAUGUGUGUGUGUGGAUGUGUGUGUGUGUGUGUGUGUGUGUGUGAACAGAACAUUUGUGUCUAUUCUCGCUCAAAGCAAAUGAGAUUGCGUUCUCUUUUGUGAGUCCCUAAAAUCCUCCGACUACUCUCUGAUUUGUGUACCUGCAGUACUUCAAGAGGCUCAGUAUCAGUGUUUUAGGCAAACACACCAGCAAUUUAGAGUCAUUGGUAUUUUCGCCAUUUUGAACAAAAAGCAUACUUACUAUAAUAUACUGUGAAUAUCAGUUAGAGAUUUCUUAGUAAUAUACAAAGAUGUCUGCUCUCGUCAGAGUUCCGUGGAUGCCGAUGCGUUGUGAAAGUGUAAAAAAAAGAAAUCACACAUUGAAAAACCGAAACCACAUUGAGUAUUCUGUUACAGGUUGAUAUUGAAUGUUCUUGUCUGUAUGAUGUCUUACUGUUGUGUUUUUUUAGAGCGAAGUGUACAACUACAAUCACAUUGUCAUUGUGUAUAUUUGCGGUGUUGGCGCGAUAGUGACAUUCAUGUCAUCACAUGCCAUGACCAAGCAGCAGCCGUUCCAGGAUCAACCCUUUCCUCUUGUCCCGUUUGAUAUACAGUAAAACCCAAGCCAACAUUUUCCAUCUCUGGCAAGGCAUCACAAAAUGGUUGGAGGUUCAUUCAAUGGGUCAUGUCCGAAAUCAAUGCUUAAACACAAUAUUUCAUUUCUUUAUAGGAAACGGAGCAUGCAAGCCUUGUAUGUCGCUUUGUGCUGUGUUUUUGCUUUGUAUAUCAAUGCACAUUUCCUGAAAAACGCCAUCACUUUUGUCUAUGGAGCAGAUCAAGCUGUGUUUCGCUGUAACAUGCCGUGAAACAAACAAUUAUAUUUUUACACGAUUUUUAGUAUCAUUAUGCCAUUAUUAUGGAUGCUCCUGAAACCAUGUUCUGUUAAGGGACAGAGGACAGGGCAGAGAUUCCGUGUUGAAUAUUUAACCUUAUACAGGUGGUGUUAUGCAUGGUGGCCCUAAGAGCCAAUUCAUGCUUGAUUCAAAAAAUGUGGUGGGAGGCGCUGUAUGGAUGGUGUGACGCAAUUGCGGAGCCUCUGGAGGCACGGUGAGGCCAAAUUGAGCUCCGUACCACAUCGCCGUGCGCUCCAUAUAGCUCCGCACUGACAUGAUUGGUUGACGGUAGGUGAGGUCUUAAGGUCCUGUAUGAACACAAGCUAACUUCCUUCACAACAGCUCUGCUUUGCGAAGCGCAAGAAGUAUGAAUGCCCCUGACUUCUGCAGAGGCCAUAUCACCGUAAAUGCUGCGCGGCCAGUGCAGCCGUCAGAUUGACCACGCAGCGCCUUUUAAGUGGCAAAGUAAUUUAAGAAUAUCAAAUUUACCCCUUAGGGCCACCGUAGUUAUGUUCGGUAUGGAAACAAGUCAUUCCCGAGUGAGAGAGAACUGACAAGGUUAAUAGAGAAACAAAUCACUACCUACAAGAACACAGCAACUCCUGCCUGGCCAAAACCACCUUGGCAUGCCACACCAUCCAUCCAUCUUGUGCACUCUUGUCUAUGUACAUAGAAUUGGUUCUGAUGAAUUAUUUUAUACAAGAUUUAAAAUGUUAAAGAGUAAAUAAAUAUAUAUGUAAUGAAAAUGUAUGGGAAAGACCUCUUAAUGUUAAUGCUCAGUAUCUGAGUUUAGAAAUGUAAUUUGUUCUUGGUGCAUUCUUCUGUUUGCUUGUAUUUUCUGCUCUGAUCUUUCAUAAGGUAUGCGGACUGGCCAUAUAUUUUGUUAUAUUUGACACAUAAAUGCACUAACCGCUAUGGGAUGCCAGGACUUAAUGUCACACACGUCAACUGUGAUUCAAUUGUGAUCUGACUUCAACAAGGGACUUGAUUUUAGAAAGAAAUGUUAGAAUUUCUGAAAAGAGACCAUUUUUAGAUGUACAUACGUAAAAGGAAUAUUUCUGAUUUUGGAAGACAAAGACUGACCAGUAGCAAAAUGAGCCGCCAUGAGACUUCAAGACUAUAUCAGAUGAAUAUUGAUGCUGUGUAACAGUUUCACUAAAAACACCUAACAUCCUU